CGCCCAGUCAUCAACACCUCUCCGUGUUUGCACUCCCAUCGAUCCCCCACGCCCGAGUACAGAGAGCGGAAAGCGCCGGCAAGCCCUGAUUCUGACAACCUAACGCGCUUGAAGAAACGUUUGGGGGUUGAAUUGCUGUACAACAGUUCUGGAAGAGCCACUUCAGCUAAUUUUUCGUGAGCUUUAUUUCUGCUGGCUGAGAGAUGAAGCAGCACGUGGUAGUUGCAUGCCUUUGCCUGCUAGUAUCUGUGGAUGGAAGCGCGCCUCUGCUAGCUCGUCCGGCCCCGGUUCAACGCGCUGGUUUCAUCGUUAACGAGGGGGGCUCCAAGAUCGUCAACGGCGACAGCAGCAGCAGCAGUGGCAGCAACGUUGUUGCCGAGGAGGCUGCAGCAAUACCCGAGCGGCCGAGCUUCGUGUCGGUGGGCAUUCGCAGCGGCUGCGCGAGGGAAAAAGCGGCCACGACGGCGACCCUGCGGAACAAAGACCGUGCCGGGACCUCGGCGGCGAGCCGGCUGCGAGGAGGGUCGACCUGGAUUCCCAAUCCGCCAGUGAUGGUGAGGGAAUCGGACACAACGCCCAAGACGCACAACAGCGCCGCCGAACCUGUCAGCUCACACGCGCCGACAGGAGCCAGCAGCAGCAGCUGCAACAGUAGGCAUGGCGCCGAGUUCGCCGUGUCGAAGCAACGCAUCGUGGACGACAGCGAUACCGACUCUUCCUUCGUCGAGGACGAGGACGAAGGCGGCGUCGCUGGUAGCGGCGGGGGCGGUGGGGGUGGGAGGGUUGGCGCGCUGCCGUCGUUCCCUCGGACUCUUCCCGCCACUCACGGCAAGGCGCCGUUCAACAAGAAGUUCGCCUGGGUGCCCUGAAGCGGCGACCGUGUGUCAUGGUCAAGGAAUCGUGUGUGUGGGCCCUUCGCUGAUGUGUUUCGUGGUCGUUUUGCCACAUUUUGUCCUUUUGCCUUAAGCAGGAGUAUCAUAUGACACCCGAUACCCGGGGGGUAUGUGAGGAUCACUUGCUUGUCUUCCGGAGUUUGUUUUGGUUGUUCGAGAAUGGAAGGGAGAGAUGAGCGGGGGUCGAUGAUCGAAUGAGAGCGUGUGCGCUACUGCUGCUGCUGCCUCCCCCCGUUCGCCCUCCAUGUGUUGUUUUCGACACGUGGUACUGGUGGCGCGCACAUCGAUCACUGUGUUCUUUCCUGUACCGUAGCGCUGUGGACUACCGCUGCUGUUGAACGCUCCUCGUGUAAGGGUCUUGAUUAUCAAGUCUCACGCGCACACGAAGGUGUUGCUGGUCGUCGCGAUUGAUUUAAGGAUUUAUUCUGGUAUGCAGAGCCAGUGUUUGUCUAAUUAGUGUCAAGGCCGUUUACGCACACGUACGUACAUUUGCGGCGACGUGCAUGUGCUCUCUGGAAGGACUUAUGGAAGAGUUGGGAGAAAAUGGCAUGUUGCUACUAAAGUAGUGCCUUAUCGCAGCUGGCUCUAGCAUCCCGGCAAAGCUUUGAUACCCAACCAUAAGGGAGUGGUUCGCUCGACGUAUUUUCGGAGAAGUAGCGAAGGAAAAAUGGCCUGACUGAUGGGAGGUGGGGGGAGAGAAGCAGGUUCACGCUAGCUACACCAGGUGUAGGAGAGAGCGUUGAGAUGUGAGGCGAUGGGCCGUUUCGUCCAUGAUAGUUGCCUGUGCUUGUCUCACGGGGGAUAGGGGGUA